AUUUGUCAUUUUAAUAUUGUUUAACCAAAAUAAUUUAAAGAAUAAAUUAUAUUUUCUAUUAAAAUUCUACAAUGUCUGCAUCACUCGAUUCAAAUUUAGAUCCAAUGGAAGAAAUACGCUUCCGAAAAAAACAUGGUGCUUUGUGGAUUGAGAUUCAGAAGGAGACACACUUUAGUUUUGACGAACUUGAACAAAUUAUGGUAAUAUUUUUCAAGAUUCAAAAGCGUGACGAGAAGCCGGCGGCAUCUGAUUUAAUAUCUAGGGCACAUUUUAGAGACGUUCUGCACACUGGCCUGGGGAUGACAGACUCUUAUAUGAUGGAGCGGGUGAUGGUAGCAUUAGACCGUGGUACUUCACCAUUCGUUACCAUGGCAACUUUCGCGAAAGCUAUAUCUCUCUACUUAAGAGGAACACUGGAGGAACGAAUUUCCUACGCGUUUACGUGCUAUGACUUGUUGGGUGAAGGGUAUUUAAGGAGGGAAACGAUGUAUCAGUGUAUGAAGAAAAGCAUCGCAAAAGCAUCCCGUGAUGACGAUGUCGAAGAAGCUGUCAAGGAGUUCGUGGAUAUUAUGUUAAAACGCAUGGAUACAGAUGUAGAUGGCGUUAUCAACUUCGAUGACUUCCACAAAUCAGUGACGAAAACACCUUCAUUAUUGGAAAGCCUCGGGUACUGUCUGCCUGAGAGACCUGCUGUUUACUCCUUCUUGGCUACCUGGUGUCCUAAUUGGGCCAAAAUGUAGGCUUAAAUUGCUAACACUGCUUACACUGCUUAAAUUUCUAUUAUAUGGUAAUCAUGAAAUUACAAACAUAUGCUAAAUAAAUUACUUAUACGUUAAUUCAAUAUCACUUUGAAUAUUAGCUAAAAAACUGUAUGAUUUUGGAAUUCCCGAACUGACUUUCAGCAUUCUUAGUUAAAUAUCUAUUAGUUAUAUAUAAACUAUAUUUUGCAUUCCCUUUUAUAUGUAUAUUUUUACUUUAAUCUAAACGGAACAUCUAAUGUAGACUUCUUAUGAAUCAACCUUCUGCUAAUUACCGAAAAGCGGAUUAUUCAAACAAAUAUUCGGCCAGCAUUUAUUAUCAGAAUAGAAAUAUUUAAUCAUUUUGUUACUUGAUUGUAAAUAACUUUGGUUUGACUCUAAGUAUAUUAAUAUAUAAAGAAAUAUGGGAAUUUUCCAAGAAAUACUAAUACAUAAAUUGCAACUCAUG